AUGCAUCCUUGGGAUACAAAUACAGGUACGAUUCCGGCACACCCCCUUCCCCUUCUCCUCCUCCUCCUCCUCCUCCUAUUCCCCCCCUCCUCCUCUCCUUUUUUCUAUUCUUCCUUCCUCUGCUCUACUGUUCCCAAGCUUAUCGCAAGCAGCACAAUGCCCCACGCUGAGGAACUAAAUGGUGCCUCAAAGGCGAACGGAUCCACCUCCGCCCAAUCCGACCCGGCCUCGCCUUCAUCUUACAAGUCCCUUUCGCACCUAAAAUCCUAUCCAAUAGUCAACGACUCCAUCAGCGUCUUUGAAAACCACCCUCUAGGCCAACGCAGCAUCUCCCUCUCGCAAUCCUGCUACAGCACCUUCCUGGCCCCAAUAACACCCUACCUCUCCCGUGCUGCCCCCUACGUUUCUCGCGCCGAUGAAUUUGCCGACUCAAACCUCGGCAAGAUAGACAGCUACUUCCCCAUUCUCAAGGAACCGACGGACGAGAUCAAGAGCGUUGUCGCCGGGGCUGUAGGCUACCCGAAGAAACUUGUUGGCGAAGUUUACCUGCGUGGCGCCGACUUUGCCAAGGAAGGAAGGGAAUACGUGUUUAAGGUUUACGAGGAUGAGUGCAGUAAGAGUGGGAGCACUGACGGCGUCAUCCCCAAGGCAAAGGCGACGGUAACAACCGGGUUGGUGGUUAGUUCCGAUAUUAUGGGGUCGUUGGCGGCUUAUCUCGGGAAUAAGAAAGAGAAGGCCAAGGCGGUGGCCCGGGAAAAGACGGAGUCAGAGAAGUGAUUUUUUUUUGAUUCUUUUUUUCCUCUUCCUCUCCUCUCUUUCUUGGGAUUGUAUGGAUUUUUUUUUUUUUAGUUUUUCCUUUAUCGUUUCCUUGCUUUCCUACCUACUUUUCCGUUUGUCUGCCAGGAGGGGAAUUGUAACUUUCUGCUUGAAGGAACGAGGAACCGCGACACGGAACGGGCCAGCCGGUAGGGUGCCGAACAGGAUAGGGUAGUGCGAAUGAGUCAGCGUUUUUGAUUCAGGUCAAGUGUGACAUCUCCACCUCCGGGGCGGUGGUUGCUCGCUAGUAUGAUACUCCAUCAAAUAUCAUAUGAUAGUCUGGCGAACACUAGGACAAAUUCGGACAAGGGGAAUGGGUUGUAGCGUUUUUUGUCUCUCUUUUCUUUUCUCUUAUCAUAAAUUUUGUCUUAUCCAGGAAUCCCUCCCCUUUUCCUUCCGCUUAUCUCCUUAUCACCCGCUCUCACUCACUCACCACCUCUCACUUCACCCAACACCUCCCUUACCCUCAGAAAAAAAAUUAAAAAGAAACAUCAAAGAGUGGUUUGGAAUAAAAUGUAAAAAGAGACGGGGAUACUUGCUUUUUUUACGAUAAUAGAAAUAUAUAUACUUG